AUGGCUCAUGGCAGUUUAUUUACUGUCGACAAUAGACAGGGUAUCGUAUCUAGAAGUACCGGGGAAUUUUUGAAAAUCCACGCAAAUACAACCCGAUAUUUUGACGAAAUAGCACAUUUCUGUGAGCAAGGUCAAGCAAUAAAUGCGAAGAAAGUAUCGAAUUAUAUUCAGACAACGCCAGAAGCAUCACAGAUCAACAUCUCACCGAAGAAGAAUUUGAAGCAAAUACCGCAGAGUAUCUAA